UUGGCGACGGAGAUGCGCCCGGAGAGAGCAGAAGCGCGAGGAUUUAGAGGGACCCCGGAGUGCACCGGUUAAUAAUAAAAAUACUAAUUUAAAUCAUUAUGUAUAUAUGGCGAUAGACAUAGUCAGGUACAGAAUCAGUUUCACACUCCGUAACACUAUCCUCUUAAGUGCACUUUUUCUCUCUUUUUUGCACUUGCCGAAUCUUUUAGCGAUGUCUUUUGCUUUUUCUUCCAGGAAUGAAUAACUUUGCCAGUAUGUCUGGCAGGACUGAAAUUCUCAUCCGAGAGUCUUAUGGAAUAUAGCUUGGUUUGUCAUAGUCUAUAUGUGGUCUUAUUAAGCCCCGUGAAAAAUAAACUCUUAAUUUUGUGCAUCAUGUUUUUAUUGUGGGUCUACAUGCUAUAUUGCUGCGUCGGCUACAGUUCCACGAUGCCAAGUUUUAUGAUGGACUCUGACCAAGGGAAGGACGGAGGUUUUGUCAGUGAAAAUAAAGAUGCACCGGGUAAAGACCUUGUGUCCAAAUUGCUGCUAAGACCCAAGAGCCCACCGGCUCUGGAUCCCGAUUACAAUUCACCUUCCGUCAGGACGGCUUCUCGGGAAUUGUUGAAUAAUGAUCUGGAAGCGGAGAAAUCGGACGUUUGGGAUGAAAUCGGAGGGGAGCGGAGUUCCCUGGAACCGUGCGGCUUGUCGAGUUUCUCCAACGGGUCGGAGAGUAAAAAGCUGCCACAGGCGAUCAUCAUCGGGGUGAAGAAGGGGGGCACGCGCGCGCUGCUGGAGUUUCUCCGCGUGCACCCGGACAUCAGGGCCGUGGGAGCCGAGCCGCACUUCUUCGACAGGAACUACAAUAACGGGCUCGACUGGUACAGGGACCUGAUGCCGAAAACUCUUGAGGGUCAGAUUACCAUGGAGAAGACCCCCAGUUACUUCGUGACCCGGGAGGCCCCGGCCCGGAUCUACGCCAUGUCCCGGGACACCAAGCUGAUCGUGGUGGUGCGGGACCCCGUCACCCGAGCCAUCUCCGACUACACCCAGACACUGUCCAAGAAGCCCGACAUCCCCACCUUUGAGAGCUUGACCUUCAAGAACCGGAGCACAGGCCUCAUCGACACCUCCUGGAGCGCCAUCCAGAUCGGGCUCUACGCCAAGCACCUGGACAGCUGGCUGCGCUUCUUCCCCUUGGGCCAGAUGCUGUUCGUGAGCGGCGAGCGGCUGAUCCGCGACCCGGCGGGCGAGAUGGCCCGCGUGCAGGACUUUCUGGGCCUCAAGCGCAUCGUCACGGACAAGCACUUCUACUUCAACCACACCAAGGGCUUUCCCUGCUUGAAGAAGGCAGAGGGCAGUAGUAAACCCCACUGCCUGGGCAAGACUAAGGGCAGGACCCAUCCCAACAUCAACCCAGAUGUAGUGAGACGACUGCGGGACUUCUAUAGGCCAUUUAACAUGAAGUUCUAUCAAAUGACCGGACAAGACUUCGGUUGGGAAUAAAGGACACCUAGUUUGGAUGGGAAUCAAGGACACCUAGUUUGGAUGGGAAUCAAGGAUUUUUUCUUAAUAAACAAAAGGUGAAGAUAUUGUCACUUGUGUAAACUGUACAGAAAUCUAUUCUAUGGUAAUUUAUUUUGACUUUCCAAGCAAUCGUCUCACUAAGCUGCCUAGUCACUUUCGUGCAUCGUGGGUCCCAUCCAGGCCUCACUGUUGGUAAUUCUGCAUUCGCUCGUGAGUUUUUCUUCCUUCAUCUGAGUCGAAGGUGCUCCCCGGCACCGGGAAUCAAGCAGGAACGAGGAAAAUGGAACGGGCGACUUCAUAAACAGACAAGACACUCAAAAAGGAACCAAAAAUGCUGUGUUACGGGUAUUUCAACCACAGGGCAGGGAAAACAUUAUAUUUAUCUGAUGUGUAAAGUUCUUCUGUUCCCUUGGUUUUUUUUAACUGUCAUUGUCAUAUAUGGUUUUUUUUUUUAGAUCUAUAGUGGAAGUUCUACUUGAUUGGAGAUGUCCCAUAAUUCAGCUUUAACACUGGCGUGACCUCCCCAGAGGUACAUUGCCCACUUAGCCGAACCAGGAUGCGUCUCCAGUAAUGUAAGGUAAUGCUUAUUAGAUAGUAGGUAAAUUGAUAGACUAAUCCAUACUCAUGGCAGUAAUUACAUGGAAAGAACAUCUUAGCUUCUCAGCCUUUGCCCACAAAUAGCUGAUCCAUCACGGAAUAAAUGAUCUGGGAGUGACAGCAAGGUCUAAUUUGAUAAAGAGACCCAGGCCUUAGGUCCAGACCCUGUCUCGUAUUCCAUUGUCUGGUCGAAAUGACUCCCUCUUACUGGAAAAUGAGCAGAUUCAUCAGAAACAGGCCACCACUGGGUCACGGUGCCAAGGUCUCGGCGUGGUGGAUGGAUCUCCUGUAAGUCCAACGUUAGAGCCUAUCUCUGCGGCGCACCUUCAGCUGGUUUGGGAACCGACUCAAUUACAUUCGGAGCUUGAAUGUGAACGUGCUUGAGACUGAGUAGCUCAAUAGCUGUAGACCAAGCCUCAAGUGGCCAUGCUUGGCUUUUGUCUUCGACCCUGGAUGACAGGGCGGUAUGUAUUUCAGCAGUUUAGGCCUCUGUGACGGCUGCUGGUUCAAAUCCGAGGUUUGCCUGGUUGGUUUCUCCAUUGGCCCCUUGAGCAAGACCUUUAACUCCCAAUUGCUUCAGGAACUGUCUCACCCAGUCUUCUCAACUGGAUAAAAGUCUCUGCUAAAUAAUGGUAAAUGUAGUGGGUAGUGGGAGAAUGCUGUUGAAGUUUCCACUCAUCUCUGUGGUCACUGAGAUCUUUGUGUGGACAUCAGCCCCGAUCACAUACAGGGAACCACCGUAAGUGUGCAUUCUGUGCAAUUCAACGUAAAGCGUAGAAGUUCUGCGUGGUGGCUUAUCUCCAUGAACUAAAGUGCCUCAAGUAUUGGUGCAACGGAAAUUAAACAACGAUUGGGCUUCUGUACGCACUUCACCCAUGUGGAUGGUUAGGGGACUGUGUCAUUCUCCUGUGGAGCGCACAGCAGUUGACAGUUAACAUUUUGGUGUUGGAACAGAGGCUUUCUCGGGGUGUAAAUCAGAAGCAGACAGGCAAACACCCACAUUAUUUUUAUGUCUAGCCUACAAACACUUCCUGUUCUGCACUUCCUGUUUCUUUUUUUUUAUUUUCUAUUUCUGAGUGGAAGCAUAGCUGCCAUGCAGAAACUAACCCUGAAAAUGCAGACUUUUAAAAGAUGUUAGAAAUAGUAAUAAUGGUAAUAAAUAAACAGGUGCAAGCAGUGGAGUUUGAAUGGAUCACUGCUCUGGUUUACAGUUGAGUUUUAUUCAACCCUAGAGAUAUGCAAAUGUUACGUUAUUUUUUUUUUGUUUGGUACUGUUUGACUAAAAAUGUUAUUUCAUACUGCAAAUGUGUACAUAUAUAGAAAUGUUAUUCAAGUAUUUUGUGGUGUGUACAUUUAAAAAAAAAGAAAGAAAAAACUUUUUACGCAAUCAAAAGACAAAACUUUUCUAGAGUACCGAGCAUUUAUGUCUUCUUAUGAAUUAAUAAAGUAUAUUUUAUCAAAA